GCGACUGUCAUUCAACUCACCAACAUCGUUGGAAAGCGGCAUGCCUCGCUAUGUGGUCGUCAAGAAAACCCAAACAAAUCGACCCGGAAACACUAGCCGAGGUACCCCGCAAGAUUCGAUUCAAUCUGUUUCACCGCCCAAAGGAGAUUGUCGGCAAAGUCGGGACCAAAAAUGGGACCGUCACUGAAAAGGUGGUGGUGGAGAGAACAAAAGACGUAAAGCAGUCCAAUUCGAAAAAUCGACCAAAAGUCAAUCUGUUCCCGCAAAUUUCGCUGAAUGAUUUGAGAGAUAAGGAACUCGACAACGUGGUGGAAUACAUGUACAGCUCAGAUUGGAAGGAAAUGUCCUCCUACACAGCCAGCGUUAGUUGUAUGAAUUUAGGCGCAUCUAUUCCGCUGAAUGAAAAAGACAUAACCUCUCAGUAUACCGAUCACUUUAAAAGAAAAACGCAGAAAACGCAAGCGUUCGAUCUGCCUUUGUACGAGGUGGAUCUCGCGAAAUGGUACAGAUAA